AUGAAGUCAUUGCAGGUAUCGGGUAAAGGGGAGAGCGCGAAAAUGAUGAGAAGCAUCCAGGAAGUGUUCUCGCCAUUGACGUCAGACAUUCGUGAAAGAGAUGACAGGUGGAGAGAUUGUUUCGUCAGUCCAUCUCAACCGGACAAAAACACUUUUUGGUCGAUUGUGUGGAUGUUUGUCGCAGCUUUGUUUCUUUGUCGUUUUCAGGUGUGGAUGUCACGACAAACACUGGCUUUGGCUGAAUAUUUCUUUCCCGAUCGUGUGAGACCGAGAGCGUUGAUGUUAUACAACCGGAUAUUGCAUGAUAGAAAGAACGUACUUGGUGCAAUGAUGAAUGAACAGAAAAAACAACUAGCCGAUGAUCAAAUGGCUGGACGAGAGGCGAUUGUUCGUCGUGGAAUGCAAUCGAGAGGAUAUAUCAGGGUGAACUGCAGCAUAUGUAACGCGCAGGACCUUCGCGUCGCUGAUGAAUCGUCAGUAUAA